AUGCCCAAACGAAAAGCUCCCACCAGAAUAUCUGGUCUUACAGGCUCAGAUGAUGAAGACAUUAUGCAGUUGGCCGGAAAUGACAGCGCUCCCCCUCAAGAACCGCGCGACGAACCUGCCGCCAAGAAACGACGAGGCCGACCGCGUACCUCGAAUGAUGACGCGCCCGAGUCUAAACCAACAGCCCAAGACAAGAAAAGGGAGUCAUCUACCGCAGCUCAGCCUGCUCCUACAGCCACUCAAAGGGGUACUCGGCGUGGACGACCUCGGGGCGACAGCCGCACCUCUGAAUCCGGGGAAACAAAAGCUCGGGCAGGAACAACAACUCAAGAGCAACAGGAUGAGGAAGCCUACAACCAAGAAAAUGAAGAUCCGCUGGCACAUACCGAAUCCAAAACCACUAGUGCUACCAAAGCCGCCAAGCCUGCACCGGUUCGUCGCAGAGGCCGUGCGCCCAGCGUCGCAAAGCAAGUAGUAACAGAUGGCGAGUUUGAAUAUACACCUAAAGGCUCUAGGCAAGAUCAUGCCCAGAAACAAUCAUUGGCAGAGCCGGAAGCUAGCCCGCGCCCACGCGCAGCCCAACGGCGGAACGCUGCUCAAACGGGUGAUUCGGCGAACGAUGAGCCCACAGCAGAUGUUGUAGACGAGUCUAUACUUGCUGAAGAAGCCUCCAGUACCCACUACGUGCCUUCUUCUGCAGUGAAGAAUGCGCGGGCCCGCCUAUCCUCAAUGCGGAAUACACAGGAUCUCUCUCGUAAACGCAAGUCGAAUGAUGGUGAGCAAAGUGCUGAUCCGGAGUUGAGGCGUAGAAUUGGUGAUAUCACCAAAAAGCACGAUGCCCUGGAAUCCAAGUAUCGCAAUCUCCGCGAAAUCGGAAUUGUAGAGGCCAACUCAAAUAUGGAUAAAUUACGCAAGCAAUGUGAAACUGUCUCUACUGCUUCAAACGACCUGGUCGUUGCUCUCAGAUCUGAGCUAGAAGCCCAGAAAACUCUCGGCCAGCAGAGUCGUGGUCUUCAAAAGCAAUUGAAGGACAAGGAUGCUGAGAUAGCUCGUCUUCGGACAGAGGCAGAUGAGGCACGUUCUCAAAUGGCCGCCACUCAAACUGAGGUGAAGGCUUUACAAACUAAGCUUGCUGCUGCACGCAAUACUGCCGCAAGUCUAGAGAACACUGUUAAGGUCCCCGGUAGUGCUAUGAAGGGAGGUCCUGCGAAUCGCGCUGUAGCAGCCGAAGCUGCGCAAGCAGCACAGAUGGCCCAGCUAAAGGAGGAUCUUUAUAGCGACUUGACCGGCUUGAUCAUCCGAGAUGUUAAAGCUCGAGAGGCGGAUCAUCUAUACGAUUGUAUUCAGACGGGAGUCAACGGAACAUUACAUUUCAAGUUGGCUAUCCCUAAAGUCUCUAGUGCGGAGUAUGAGAAGGCGGUCUUUGAGUACUUACCCCUGUUGGAUGCCAAUCGCGACCGCGAGCUGGUGGACAUUCUACCAGACUUCUUGAUCGACCACAUUACUUUCGAGCGUGACCAGGCGCCAAAAUUUUAUACCCGGGUGAUUGAUGCCCUGAUGAAACGCCGCAACAGUACAGCUCAUCGAUCAUAG